CAUUAUCAUUUUUUUAGGAAAGAAAAAAAUAAAGAAGAAAAAAGAAACCGACGGAAUUGCAAUUCUUGGUCCAUCUGUCCAGAGGCUACGUGGAAUUAGAACCACCACUUUCCAGACCUUCUCUUCCUCUCUUGAUUCCUGACAAACUUGUUGGUUCUGAAUAUGAUUCUGAUAAGAAGAACAAAUCCCCAUUUCUGAUACCAACACUCAUUAUUUGUUGCACUCAUCCAUGGCCCAAAUUGCAUUAUCUUUAUCUGUCACCCUUGGAGCCCUCAAUUUUGCAGGUGCAUCCAGGGGAUCUGGAAAACUUUUUCCAGGUUCUUCAGGAGGACUUGGAACCAAUUCAUUUCGGUUCUCAAGUUCUCGAGUUAAAGGGAUAAGAUGUGCUGUUUCUAGUUCAUCAAAUAACAAUGGAGGCGUUGCAGAGAUAUCUGAAAAUGAAUUGGCUAAGCAUUUCUAUGCCUGGCCAGAUUACAAGAAGCCAAGAGUAUGCAUCCUAGGUGGAGGUUUUGGAGGAUUGUAUACGGCUCUGAGACUUGAAUCUCUUUACUGGCCAGAUAAUAAGAAACCUCAGGUGGUUCUUGUUGAUCAGUCUGAACAUUUUGUUUUCAAGCCAAUGCUGUAUGAACUUCUAUCUGGAGAAGUAGAUGCAUGGGAAGUUGCACCUCGUUUUUCUGAUCUGCUGGCAAACACUAGCAUCCAGUUUAUUCAAGACAAAGUGAAACUCGUGGACCCCUGUGAUCAUUAUGAUGCAAACAAUCCUAAAAAUCCUAGUUGUAGUGGAACUGUAUAUCUUGAAAGUGGCCUCCAUAUUGAAUAUGAUUGGCUGGUUCUUGCCUUGGGCGCUGAAGCUAAGCUUGAUCUCGUACCUGGGGCUGCUGAAUACGCUUUACCUUUCUCUACUCUUUCAGAUGCACAAAGGGUCGACAGCCAGUUGAAGAUCCUGGAGAGGAUUAACUUUAGUAAGAAAUCCUUGAUUCGGGUGGCUGUUGUUGGUUGUGGUUACUCUGGCGUUGAGUUAGCCGCCACGAUAUCCGAGAGACUGCAAGACAGAGGGUUGGUGCAAGCUAUUAACAUGGAGACCAUGAUUUGCCCUACUGCUCCACCAGGGAAUAGAGAGGCCGCACUUAAAGUUCUAUCAUCUCGGAAUGUUGAACUUCUCCUAGGUUACAUCGUCCGCAGUAUUCAGAGAGUGGAUGAUGCAGAAACCACUGAAGAGGUUAACAACAACAGACCAAGCCAAGGCACUCAACCAGAUCUUGCUACGAGUAGGUAUAGGUUGGAACUUCAACCCACCGAAAGAGGAUCUCAAGGUCGCAUUCUGGAAGCAGAUUUAGUACUAUGGACUGUUGGAUCAAAGUCUCUUCUCCCAACAUUGGAACCUUCUGAAAAUUAUCGCAAGCAACUUCCUCUGAAUGGUCGGGGUCAAGCUGAAACCGACGAAACUCUUCGUGUUAGGGGUCAUCCACGAAUAUUUGCUCUUGGUGACUCCUCUGCCUUAAGAGAUUCAAAUGGGCGACCUCUUCCUGCCACGGCACAGGUUGCUUUCCAGCAAGCAGACUUCGCUGGUUGGAAUCUCUGGGCUGCUAUCAACAACCGUCCUCUUUUGCCCUUUAGAUAUCAGAAUUUAGGAGAGAUGAUGACUUUGGGAAGAAAUGACGCUUCAGUUUCUCCAAGUUUCAUCGAAGGUUUAACCUUGGAAGGUCCGAUCGGUCAUGCAGCAAGAAAAAUGGCAUACUUGAUAAGGCUACCGACGGAUGAGCAUAGGGUUAAAGUGGGGAUCAGUUGGCUUACAAAGUCUGCUGUUGAUUCCAUUGCAACAAUUCAAACCACUUUAACUAAUGUAUUCACUUCUCAGUGAACCAUUUUCUUUAUAAUAUGAUUAUUGAUAUGUAUCUAAAUUUAUUAGAGGGUGUACUAUGGACAUGAAAUUUUCAAUGUGAAAUAUUAAUGAAAUAAGAAAGAGGAAACAUUAUAAACGUA